AUUAAAAUACAAAGCUAAAUUACUAAUAAAUAGGAUAUUACAAAAUGUAUUAAAAUAUUUUAUUGCAUAAAAAUGGAUUUGAGAUUAAUGAAUAAAAACUAUCCCCUUGCAGGUACACCUGAGAAGGACACAAUAUGUCAGGCUUGCUCUGAAGGCACCUUCUCUGACAUUUCCUCCGCCCAACAAAGCUGCAAGCAGCACAAGAGCUGCAGCGAUGCAGGACUGCAGCUGGUGCUCAAAGGCUCCACCUGGCAUGACAGUGUGUGUGCCAACUGUGGAGAGCGCAAAGAUGGAGCUGAGUACCUUAAGGGAAUUAUCCCGGCUUUCUUCAAUCACCACCAAAUGGAUGUAAAACGGCUGCGUCGGAUUGUACACAGGCUCCCCUCUGCGGGUGGUAAAACGCCAGGAGAAACUUUGGAGCUGAACUUCUCCGAACUCCACGCACGCAUCUGCAACUGGGUGUCCUCUGCCACAGCGGCUCAAAUUCAGCAGCUUCCCGACAUCGUGAAUAAAGUAGGAGCAACAAGUGUUGGCGAGAAACUACAGAGCAAGCUCCACCAAGUUGAAAAACAUCUGAGAGAGUCCUGUCGCUCUAAGAUCGUGAAGAACUACACUACGAGUGAAGUGUCUGGACUAACCCCUGGCAUGCAAUGGCUUUUCCUCUUUUUUAUCACUUUCUAUAUUUUAAAUAUAUAGUAAAGACAUCAGAACUAUGAACUCAAACUUUACAAUGCUUUGGUCACUCUUGGGCUUCUCUCAAUCAGUUUCAUGGGGUUUGUCACCUCAAUUGAUUUUCCUACUGUCUUGAAGUUCCCAAUAAUAAAAUUAAAGACAAACCACUGAGUGAGUUGGUGAGUCCAAA